AUGCUAAGCCGGUGUCGAUUGAGAGAGUCUUUGGGCGGUCCGUCCAUUAGUAGUUUGAUUCCAAGUGAAAAGUUUCUCAACAUGUAUGCUUGGGUGGUGCCACAGUUUCAGGGGGAUCCGGACGCCGAACAUUUUGUCAGUAUCGUCAUUAAGGGAAUAUUUAUCAGGUGGUUGGCCGUUACAGGGGCAUCUACAAGUUUUAUUUGGACCAAAACGGAUGGAGACAGCGAAUGGUCAGUUGGGAGAAGAAGAACGACGUCAACCGCUCAGGAGGCCACGACACAGAACGGGGCUUGUUUCGCUGUGUACAUUUACGGCCACACGUGGAAGACCACCUACCAACACCCUGUGGGCUAUUCUGUAACUAACAUUUGCCCGGCAUGCCUGGAAACGGU